AUGGACCACGCCGCCCUCUACGAGCACGAGCUGCCGGCCUUCGCGCUGCCCUCGAGCCUGGACCGCCCGCCGCCACUGCCACUGCCGCUGCCGCUGCCGCUGCCGCCGCCUGCAGCGCACGCCGCCGACCUCGCCGACCUCGCCGACCUCGAGGGCCGCCGCCUCGACGCCAGCCUCGCCGCGCUCGGGCUCAGCGCGCCCCUGAUGGGCCUCGACGAGACGGCCAUGCUCUUCGCCGACCUGCCCAGAGACUGCGCGCGGAGGAGACCCACGCCGCGCUGCAGAGCCAAGCACACGGCGGGCUUGGCCGCGUCGCCCUCCAGGACGCACAAGCCCCACCACGUCUCCAAAAAGGCCUCGCGCAAGCAGGUGCACAAGCUGCAGGCCAUGGUCAACGCCAUGCAGGUGCAGGUGGACGGCGCGGCCGCCGAGAUCCAGCAGCUCGCGCAGCUCGUGGGCCAGUUCGCGCUCCAGCGCCAACACCACCACCAGCAGCUGCGAGAGAGGCAACAGUCGCUCGACGAGCACGAGAUGGAUAUGGACCUUCACACGCAGCAGCGGCAGCUUCACGCGCAGGUGGAGCUCGAGCGUCGGCAGUUCGAGCAGCAGCAGCAGUACUAG